AUGGCACUCCGAGUCUCCGGCACCCCGUCACCACACGCGAGCGGACUGGACCUGGGCGAGGACAACAUCGAAGCGGGAACGUUCAAGUACGUCGCGUACCGACUCGACCCGUACCCGGCCUGGUUCGCGGGAACGGUGAUGCGCGGUCUCCGAGGAGGGCAGCAGUCUCCUCCCGGUCCGUCCAUGGCCUCGACCUCUCCAUCAGGCGGGCCACCCAUGUCGCUCCUACUGGGCAGCAGCGUCUCGAGCUCGUCCUCGUUCAGCAUGCCGUCCCCCUCGACGCCGACGAGCUCCUCCUGGCCCGCUCCCGGGGGACACACGCCAAGCUCGCCGCCCAAGUACUCCCUCGGCCGGAACAGUCGGCAGCGUCGGAUCAGCUCGCACUUUGACAGUGCGGCGUCGACACCAACGCCAACGCCGCAAAAGCGCCAGAGCACGAUCAUCUACACGUCCUCUUCUCCCCACCCCGCCGGACAGGGACAUGGACGAAGUUCCUCCCUCGAGGCGCCUCACUUCCGCAUGCGCCGCGACAGCAGCAGCUCGCGAGACAGCGGCAUCGAGUCGGGGGGCAUGGUGUGGAUCGUCCAGACGGCCAUCAGCUUGAAGAUGCCGCUGCACACCGAUGCGGAUGUGGUCGCCAUCGACGAGCGAGAGUUCCUCCGUCUCCGCGCGUUCGAGGAGAACGUGUACUGGCCCGCGUACACGCGUCGCCUGAGCGAGCUCUCGACCGGCCGCCGCGCACUGUUCAUCUACGACCGCCAGCGCGCCAGUUAUAUCUGGGACCACGAGAUUACGCCGGACGAAGUGCGCGCCAACCCCGCGCUCGGGCUCAAGAUCCUCCGCGACCAGGCCGCGACGCAGUAUGCCAACCGCUGCUUGCGGAAACAUGAGGGUCUGAAACCUACCAAUGUGGUUCUGAAAGAUGGGCACGAGGUGCCUAUCCAGCACCCCAUCAAUGUCGUGCCCGGAGACGACGUCGAGGUCGGCCCCGGCGUGCCCGGGAUGGCCCUCGCGCCACCUUCGACGCCGACGACGCCGAGCUUCGCUUUCGGCGCUGGGCUCACGGCCGGCUUUGCAGGUCUCAGCGUCAAUGGACCCACGAUUAGCACUGUAGGCCCGGUUACGAGCCCGAAAGAGUGGGAGAGCAUCAAGUUCACCGCUGCAUAA